AUGCUUUCUCUACUAUUAUACGCCGCUGCUGUCACGGCUGCCAGUACAACCGGCCUGCGAAAGCUGAGCAAUCUUGUCACAUUCGGUGAUAGUUAUACAGAUGAGGGACGCCUCAACUACAUCUUCAGCCACAAUGCCUUACCCCCUCCCGGCCAGCUUCUCCCUGUGAACAACGCAACCUCAGUAGGUGGCUAUGCCUGGCCAAGACUCGUGGCGCAAAAGACGGGGGCAAUGCUCUACGACUAUGCCGUUGCUGGCGGCAUGUGCUCCGAUAGUGUCACCCAGCAUUUCCUCAGCAACAUCAAUGGGCCAUUCCCGUCCAUCUUGGAUUACGAGGUUCCAGCGUUCAAGACAGAUCUUGGCUACAAGGGAUUGUAUCCGGAUCGAAGGCCGGACAACACGGUAUACGCGCUGUGGAUCGGCACCAAUGAUCUAGGCAUUGACGGAUUCUUGGGCAAUAACCAAGUCAAUGGCGCUACCAUCACAGACUUUGUAGAGUGUGUCUGGAAAGCCUUUGACGGCGUUUACAAACUGGGAGGCAGGCAGUUUGUCCUUCUCAACGUACUGCCACUGCAACUCUCCCCAAUGUAUGCCUCUAUCGAGAAUGGCGGAACCGGGAACAAUGAGUAUUGGGGAAACAAGGCAACAUACAACACCACGGACACUCAGUAUAAGAUGGAAGAGUUUUUGACCAGUGCCAACACCAUGUUUACCACGGGAGCGCCGUAUAACCUACUCAUCAAGAAGCGCUGGCCAGGGGCUACUGUCAGCUUGUUGGACGUGCACUCGCUACUGCUGGAUUUGCGUUCGGACCCAACCAAGUAUUACACAGAGCCAGUCGAUAUUACCGGUUCCUGGAGGGGAUGCGGAGAUUCAGGCUGCUUCCAGUCGUCAGAGCCGCAGUCGAACUUUGUGUGGUAUGACGAGGUGCAUCCAUCGGAGAGGACAUGCGAACACGUAGCCGAUGAGUUCAUCAAUCUGCUGGAUGGAAGGUCUAAAUACGGUGUCACCUAUCACUAG